AUGUUACCCACUCUGACGUAUUUGGGCCUUGCUCUUGCCCUUUUCCAAUGCUUGGUAUUUUGUGAUGCCAAGUUCAUCCGUCCUCCUGAGAUCGAUCAGAACCGAAAAAGCGAUGCAGAUAUAGGAAAAAACACACGGUAUAACAUCGGGUACGAAAUCCAGAUAGACUGGAGAUCGACUAUUGAGGGCACUCAACUCUGGAUAAUGCAACUUAACAAAGGAACAGUUAACGGUGCAGAAUUGAGGCAACUGUAUACCAGUCGCACCGAGUGGGAAGCCGAGUACAAUAUUGCAGGGUUAUCGAAGAACGGGGAGGACUCCGUGUACUGCUUCACAUUAUGGGAAAGCUCAAACGGUUAUUUGGCUCAAUCUAUAACAUUCAACGUUACCGCCCCAGAUCCCGAAACGACCACGACGAUAUCAAAGGUCUUAUCCAUUACAAGAACCACAACACAGUCCAUCGCUGAAUCGACUACUCAGAGUGAACCCUCAACAACAGCAAAAACAACAGCAACAUCAACAACGAUCGCGGAAGAAGAUACAGGUGCAACGCCAAAUUCUGGGCUAUCUAAGGGCGAGACGGCAGGUGCAGCGGUUGGUGGGACAAUCGGAGGUCUGUUGAUUUUUGGCUGCGUCGGAUGGCUCUUAUGGAAACAGAUUUCGAAGAAGAAAAGGGAUCCAAGCAUAUAUGAGGUUCCGACGGGACAGCUGCCGGUAUCAGAACCCAAGGCUGAGCUACCUGGCGAUCAUGGAUCCCAUAUUCCUGGCUACGCAAGAAGCCCUCCCGGAGUGCAGUUCUCAGACAUUGAAGAGCAGAUCAUAGUUGUCUCACGGUCGGACCAAAACUACAGCGGUCCGGGAUUUGUUUAUAUGCGAGCUAUUCGCUUACGAAUACCUUAUCAACCAGUGAAAUUCGAUGUGCCUCGAACAGCCUUGCUCGCUAACCGCUUUAGAGCCGUCCAACAACCUUCAAAACUCACAAUGGUAGCUCUAGCGACACAAUCAGAAGACCAGCCUCGGGAUGUCGUCUUUCGAAACUAUUCUUCCCAACAAGCGUCAAACUAUGCCGAAGGUCGGCUCGGCUACUCAGAGACUUUGAUUGAAUUUGUUUUGAAACAGCACAAUUCAAGUGGCGGCCACAAUGGAGUUGUGUUGGAUGUCGGAUGUGGUCCAGGUCCAGCGACUCGAAUGCUGGCGCCGCACUUUGAUGUCGCUUAUGGCGCUGAUCCAGGCCACAGCAUGAUCGAAAAGGCUCAACAGAUGGGAGGCACAUCUAAAGCCGAUGUUCAGAUCGAGUACAAAGUGAGCGGCGCUGAAGAACUUGACAAGAUCGAUGGCCUUGAGCAUUCUUCAGUUGAUCUCAUAACAGCGGCUGCUGCGCUUUCAGGCAGUCUGCUAACAUCGAUAGACCUAUCCGGCGGAGACAAAGUACAAACUAUCUUUGAAGACUUCAGACAGAAUGUGCUUCGACCAUACCACUCAGCCGGUAGUCAAAUUACGAUGGAUGGAUAUGUUGAUCUCGUCAUGCCUUGGGAUGAUCCAACCACUGCUUCACUGUAUGAUCGCAAAUCGUCUUCCCGCCACGAACUCAGUGCCAAGGAUGGGCAUUUUCCUAAACACUACCUGAUGGACAAUACGCCGGGUGAUGUCUCACUAGACGAGAAGCUCCAAAGGUUUGAGAAACUCGUCAAUAGUUUUGGGACAGUCAAUCGCUGGCAAAAAGCCAAUCCUGAAUUGAUUGGAACGGAAGAUGAUAUCGUCAAGAUUUUGAUGCGCAAACUGCGAGCUGCAGCUGAAGAAAAUGGGGGCUCACUGGAUUUGUCAGGCCUGGCAGAUAAAUAUGUUAUCGCGGUUAUUAUUGUGAAGAGGGUAUGA